AUGUCACAUGUGAAGGCAUUUGACCCCGCCGCUCAGGCGCGUUGUGACCCUUAUUAUAAGCGGAAUCAUAUGGGACAUGUUGUGUGUACCCUUUGUGACGUGUGUUGUAGUGAUGACAAUAAUUUCAUUAAACAUUUGGCUGGUAAAACUCACAGUUUGCAACUUGAGCGCCUUGAGCGCAGCGCUAAUCGUGAGAAGCGAUUGGCUGAGGAGGAGGAACUUAACAAAGAAGCCAUGCGCCGUGCAGAGCAGGAAAAAGCCACACGGGAACUCCUCCUGCAACAAACUUCAGCACCACAUGCAUCAUCAGUUACAUCCUUCGCACCAUUCGGUCGCCCGGAAUUUCAUUAUUGUACUGAACAUGAUCCCGAGUUGUAUCAAACCAAAGUUUGGUUGGAAUUUUAUUUCCCACAGGCGGUGGAGGGAGCUCGGCCGCUGCACCGGUGGCGCUCAGCACGUGAACAGGAAGUGGAAAAACCGCCUAAUGAUGAUGUUGUUUAUCUUUUAGUGGCUUGCGAGGGGUACAUGACGGUAGGGCUCAAGUUUCCAUCGAAAUUACCGCGCACCUCAAGUGGAUUAACAUCAUGGGGCGGUUACGGAAAUGCGGGAAGUGAUGAAGAAAAGGGAAGAUAUCGCUGCAGUUGGGAUCCAGUGAAGAAACUUUAUGAACUCUUUUUUAUUAUUGGGUAA